UUUGCGCAGGAGAAGCACACACAACUCAAACAAAUGAGUUUAAUAUUUGCUCUACUAACAACAGAGUAAGAACGAAAGAAAAAAGAGAGAAAGACACUUCAAAGUUCACAUUCUCGAACAAUGAGACGAAGGCACAACAGCGACAAAGAUGCAGACAAACGCAAUUCCCAAACUCCAAUUCCAUCCAAAUCAGAUUCAGAGCAUUCCUCACACAAGCGAGUCUUCGCUUUGUGUUUGGCAUUCCGAAUAGUGAAUUCCGUUUUGGUGCAGACUUAUUUCAACCCCGACGAACACUGGCAGGGCCCCGAGGUUGCGCAUAGCGUCGCGUUUGGGUACGGCCACUUAACGUGGGAGUGGAAACAGGGUAUCCGAAGCUACUUGCAUCCAAUGAUCUUCGUUCCUCUUUAUAGGUUACUCGAGUUACUGCGUCUUGAUACCCCUUGGAUUAUGAUGAGAGCUCCACGGCUACUGCAGUCUGUGUUCUCUGCAGUUGGUGAUUUAUACAUGUACAAGCUUUCUGCGGUUCUCUUUGGUGACUCUGUUGCAAAAUGGGCACUUUUUUCCCAGUUGUCCAAUUGGUUUAUGUUUUAUUGCUUUUCUCGAACGCUAUCGAAUAGCUUGGAGACUGUUUUUACACUAGUGUCUCUAUACUUUUGGCCCUGCUUGAGAUCUAAAAGUAACUGCUCCUUUGUUUCAAGGAAGUGGGGUUUAGUUGUGGCUGCAUUUGCUUGUGCUAUCCGACCAACAAGUGCAAUCACAUGGAUGUAUGUUGGCCUGCUUGAGCUUUUAAGCGCACGUGACAGAUUCAAAUUCGUGUUUUUGGAGGUGGCUCCUAUUGGGAUCCUGGUACUUGGACUUACCUUCUUAUUAGAUCGUUUCAUGUAUGGAACAUGGAUUCUUGUGCCACUUAAUUUUCUAAAAUUCAAUUUUCUUUCCGCGGGAGGAGAUUAUUAUGGAACUCACAAGUGGCACUGGUACUUCACUCAGGGGUUUCCAGUCAUGAUCUUCUCUCACUUACCAUUUUGUAUAGCUGGUAUCAUUUAUUCCAAACAAUGGAAGCUUUCUGGCCUUCUUGCAUGGGUUUUGGGUUUCUACAGUUUAUUGGGUCACAAGGAAUUCAGGUUUGUCUUGCCAGUUCUUCCCAUAGCUCUGAUGUUUUCUGGUUAUUCUUUGGCUGUGAUAAAAGAUCCUGGUUAUGCAGAGUAUAAGGGAAAAGAAACUUCAAAAAAACAUACCGGAUUUCCUCCCAAGAUGGGAUUUGCUAUCUUAUUUUUGCUGGCUACCAAUAUUCCAAUGGCUUUGUAUAUGAGUUUGGUUCAUCAGAGAGGACCUGAGGAUGUCAUGAACCACCUUGCUAGAGAAGCUCUUCAUGGGAAAUUGAAAAGCAUCCUAUUCCUAACGCCAUGCCAUGCCACUCCCUACUAUUCAAUGCUGCAUCAUAACCUGCCAAUGCAAUUUCUGGACUGCACGCCAAGUGAAGAGAAAGGAGUUCCUGAUGAGUCUGACCGUUUCUUGAUGGACCCUGUUCCUUUUGUGUCUGAAUAUGCAAAAAACAUGUCUCUGCCCAGCCACAUUGUUUUAUUUGAUUCAGAAGAACAAAAAUUGAGGAACCUUUUAAUUUCAUUUGAUUAUAGAGAGGAAAAAAGAUUUUUUAAUGCUCACUUCAAGGUUGAUCGUGAUCUUCAAGCUUCAAUUGUUGUAUAUGUUCGAACAAGAUAGCAAUAUUCACCUGUUCUGCAGCAAAUUUGGCAUCGUGACAGUCCAUUUAUCAUUUCUUCUCGUUGCUGCACUCCAAUUUUAAUUCUGGUAAAUUGGUCUCUCUGAGAUGAAUUUAUGUUGUUUCAUGUCUGUUAAUUUAUUGCUUACUAGGAAAUUUUGCAGUAGACAGCUUGUAAAUGGCUUCUAUAUUUUGAGAUGAUCUAUUUUUUUCUUAAAAAGAUGAAUUACAUUUUUUGGGAUCUCUUUUCGAGUAAGAUAGACGGAUAAUUCUUAUCGGAGUUAA